ACCACCACCACCCACCCACCGCGUUCGUUCACUGCGUUGUCCUCUGCCAGCGUCCAUCCCAAAAGUUCGAGGGUUUCGGCUUUGUUUUCGGCGCACUUCUCAAUUCUUCAUUUCUCGUCAAGUCGAUUCAAAAUUUUCGACACCAUGUUUCCAACUGGCAGGAAAGAAUCUCCGCACAUUAUGCAGCGACUGAUCAAUGCGCAGCAGAGCCCAGCCACUCUUCCCCCUGCUGUUGACCGAGAAAAAGUUUUCCAGUGGAUUGUGGAGUUAUCUAACCCUGACACCAGGGAAAAUGCUCUACUGGAACUGAGUAAGAAACGUGAGGUUGUGCCGGAUCUUGCCCCGAUGCUUUGGCACUCAUUUGGAACAACAGCAGCCCUUCUGCAAGAAAUUGUCAACAUAUAUCCUGCAAUGAAUCCCGCAACUCUAAGUGCACACCAGUCCAAUCGAGUGUGCAACGCUCUUGCCUUAUUGCAAUGUGUGGCUUCACACCCUGACACCCGUUCUGCCUUCCUGCAAGCUCAUGUUCCGUUGUUCCUGUACCCAUUUUUACACACUGUUAGCAAAACUAGGCCGUUUGAAUAUUUGCGCUUGACAAGUUUGGGUGUAAUUGGAGCUCUUGUUAAGACUGACGAGCAGGAAGUGAUAACUUUCUUGCUCACAACAGAAAUAAUUCCUCUCUGUCUUCGCAUAAUGGAAAGUGGAUCAGAGCUUAGCAAGACUGUAGCCACAUUCAUUCUUCAAAAGAUCCUUCUUGAUGACUCCGGGCUGUCAUACAUUUGCCAAACCUAUGAUCGCUUCUCUCAUGUAGCGAUGAUUUUGGGAAAGAUGGUUCUAUCCCUGGCCAAGGAACCCUCUGCCCGGUUGUUGAAACAUGUUGUGCGUUGCUACUUACGCUUAUCCGACAACCCAAGAGCAAGGGAGGCUUUACGCCAAUGUCUCCCUGAUCAACUCAGGGACUCCACUUUUGCAGGAUGCCUUCAAGAUGACAAAUCGACAAAGCAUUGGCUCACCCAACUACUGAAAAACCUUGAAACUGGUGAUCCUCGCGCCGUGACCAUUUCUCCUCUGGCACCUCAGUAAUUAUGACCUUUGCAUGUUUCUAAUCAAGGCCCCUUUUCCUUUUGUGUUAUGGAAUUCUGAGUCUCCUCUUUUCAUGGUCUUCAUUGCUGUAGACACAUUUUCUCUGUGAUUUCUGUGAUCAAGAAUUAUAAUUCCUUUACCCAAAUAUUGUCUGAGAUGAACAUGAAAAGAUGGGAGUCAAGUGAUAGAAUGUACAAAAGAAAGCUCAUGAGGGUGCAUUCAGUCACCUAAAAUGUUACAGCACCUGUAUUUUUGUUGAUUAGUCUAAGCUUAUCUUUUUGUUUUCUGUAAAUGAAAUUGUCUUCUGUGGUGAAUAUUUCAAUUUAUUGAGUAGAUCAAAAUGAUGAACCUCUCAAGUAUCAAAAUGACUGGCUGCAUGUCAGCUUGUUUGUUAGUCUUUAAUUAAAUUAAUUUUUCAUCUACAUUUGAUGAGUUCAAGUCAUGUAAGUAUUUAUUGGGUCACAAAGUAGAAGUAGACCCAGGUUACACUCUCAGUUUCAAGAAUUAUUUAUUUAAGUCAUGGAUAUUACAAAUUAUGGUGGUAAUUGUUUAUCAUAUCCAUGAUAUAAACAAUUGAAAAUUUUCGGUUCUGUUACUUAGUGUUCUGUGAUUUUCUGGUCAUAGUGUCUUUUGAUGUGGUUGGCCAUCCACAACUCGAGAUUCUGACUAGACUUUGUUUUACAUAGUACCUGUGUUGUAUUUCCUAUACAUGCAUCAAGUUGUGCGCCUUUUAAUUUCAACAGGACCUUUCAUUUAAAGACGUGUUGCUUGAGCAUAUUAUAUGAGUUUAUUUUAUGCCAUUAAUGUUUCUGGUGCAAACAAUCUCUGUAUUUCAAUGUUUAGUAUUUUUGGGGUAUUUUCUUUUUGGAAAAGGUGCUAUCAUUUGUCUUAGUUUGCAAAUUCAUAAGCUACUCGCUCCUUUGCUAAAAAGCUGAUUAUUAUUGAUUUCCAAGUUCUUUGCUGCUAAUGCAGGCAUAUUGUGCAACUGUCAGUUGUUCGGUACUAUUAAUGAAAAUGAUCUCGCAUGUCAAUAAAGGCAAUCCUUUAACUGUUCAGGUAAUUUUUUUUCCCUUUUUUUUCUUGGUUAAUCUGUACUAAGUUUAUAAAAAUUUCCUUGAUGCACGUCCAUAAUUGUUUUCGUCGACUCAUCUAAAAUCAUGCUGCCUGUGUUUUAUCUUCAUAUUUGAUUUUAUUUGGCUACAUCGAUUGCUCAUUUUGCAAACUUUUCUUAACCUCACUGGAUGUUUUUGUCUUGAUGACAUUUUCUGUUCACUUAAGCAUUGUGUUGUACAAUGGUUGUGUCAUGUUCAUUUGUAUUUUCUUUCUUGAGAAGAGUUGUGUCAACUUAUUCUUGUAUUUGAUCUGUGAAAGAUAUUUGGGGGCUGGGCUCUCUGUGAUAUGAAACCUGUUUUCACAUAAUGUUCUGAAGCAUUGGUUGGUAAAGGCUGAAAAGUUCUAAAUUUAUAUCCUUGUCUUAUGGUAUUUAGAUUACUUGCUGCGGUUCGGGACAGAAUGGCAACAGUGUCUCUGACUGACAAGUUUGUUUUUGAAAAGUCUAUUGUUGUAUUUAGUGUGGGGGUGACUGCAAUAAUGUGCAGCCUAGUGUGUAAUGACUAGGAUUAACUUUGUCUUAAUAUUGAAAAGCAAAUGCUUUAAGUUCAAAAAUGAGCAACUUGUGUUAUGUAGAGUUAACUUCCCAAAACAUGCCACGACUUCUGUAUUCUAGUUUUUUUUGACAAAUGUUUUCAAAUCCCUGAUAAUUGGUGUGAAACCAUCCAACAUGUGUCUUUUCAAAGCCUUUCUGAACAUUUAGUCCUAUGUUCAUGUAACUGUUUUAUUGUCAAUUAUUGAUAACUUAUUAAUGACAAAGAUUAUUACUGUACUUUAGAAUCAAUUAGUUUUAAUUGUCUUCUUGGAAGGCUAUAGUGUAAUUAUGUUGCAUCAAAAUGCAGCCUGGGGGUGUUUUUGAGAAAAUUUCUUGUCAACGUUAGUUCAGUGCAGCAGGGUGAUAAAGUAUAAAUUUGGUUACAAUGUUUGCUGUUCUAUGCAUUAUUCUUGUUUACUUUUAUUUAAUGAAUAUUUCUUCCCUGUUUAGUCUACAAUACUAUUUGAAUGACACUAAUAACUCUGCCAUAUGUGUGACAUGUUCGUAUGUAGCAGAACUCAUGUACAAAAUGACAAUCUACUGUCAUCACAAAGGAUUGAUGUCAUAUUUAGUCCUUAGACUACCUGUAAUAAUGUGAAGACUGAAGCUUGAUUUCACAGAAUGUAUUGUACUCUCUGCCUCUGUAAAGUUCUGUCUUUAUAUGAGUUCUGCCUGGGAAUUGGUUUCUGUUCUAUGUAAAUGUGCCUGUAAUCUGCACCUUUCUUUUCAAAAUGUGGGGAAGGUCAUAGAAUUUUACUGAAUUCCAUCAUACCAAACUUCAGCAAAUUUUCUGUCAUAAACAACCUCCUAGAAAGGUGUUGAUUCCAUGCAUGUUUUCACCAUUUUGUGAUGCAGAUAAUUUUGAGUUUGUAGCAUAAUUUGAUAUAUGUUUGUGCUGUUUUUCCUCGGAUACUCUUCACCUUAGAUUUCAGUAAGAUUCUGCUUAAAGGGUAAAAUUGAGGCAUUAGUGCUUUGUACUGACAUUUUUGUGCGUUAUUCUAAUCAAGCAAUAAAUAUCUUCUAUGAUG